AGCUCUUAUCAUUUCUUUUACCAAUCAUUCAUAUUCUUCUAGUGGAAAUGGCUCUCUCUUUGCUUUCCAAACUUGCCCUUCUAGCACUCUUGUCUUUGUCCAUCUUUGCCUGUUCUUCAACAGCAACCGAUCCUGAUUUCUCAAUCGUGGGGUAUUCAGCCGAGCACUUGACUUGCAUCGAUAAGCUCAUCCAUCUCUUCGAUUCAUGGAUGUCGAAACACAGCAAAAUCUACAACAGCAUCGAAGAGAAGAUAGAGAGGUUUGAGAUAUUCAAGGACAACUUGAAGCACAUUGAUGAGAGGAACAAGCAAAUCACUGACUAUUGGCUGGGGUUGAAUGAGUUUGCUGACAUGAGCCACGAGGAGUUCAAGAGCAAGUACUUGGGACUAAAACCCGAGUUCACUAGAGAAAGAUCAACAUCUUCUGAGAACUUCAGCUACAGAGACGUUGUGGAAGUGCCCAAGUCUGUGGAUUGGAGAAAGAAAGGAGCUGUCACUUCAGUGAAAAAUCAAGGAUCAUGUGGUAGUUGCUGGGCGUUUUCGACUGUUGCGGCAGUUGAGGGCAUAAACAAGAUAGUGACAGGAAACCUGACUUCCUUGUCCGAGCAAGAACUGGUUGAUUGUGACAGAUCAUUCAACAAUGGCUGCAAUGGGGGCUUGAUGGACUAUGCUUUUGAGUACAUAAUCUCUAGUGGUGGCCUUCACAAGGAAGAGGACUACCCGUAUCUUAUGGAGGAAGGCACUUGUGAGGACAAGAAGGAAGAGAUGGAGAUAGUGACCAUAAGUGGCUACCAAGAUGUGCCAACAAAUGAUGAACAGAGUCUCAUCAAGGCAUUGGCUCACCAACCUCUCAGCGUUGCUAUUGAAGCUUCUGACAGAGAUUUCCAGUUCUACAGUGGGGGAGUGUUUAAUGGACGCUGUGGAACCGAGCUCGAUCAUGGAGUUUCGGCUGUGGGAUAUGGGUCAUCCAAGGGCUCAGAUUACAUCAUCGUAAAGAACUCAUGGGGUCCAAAGUGGGGAGAGAAAGGUUACAUAAGGAUGAAGAGGAACAAUGGAAAACCUGAAGGACUCUGUGGUAUCAACAAAAUGGCUUCAUAUCCUACCAAGAAGCAUUGAUCUAUUUAUUAUUACUAGUACAAGUUUCCCUUCAUAAGCAAGCCUAUGUUUUUGUUGCUGUUCUUCUUUCCUCGAAUUAUGGAUUUUACAUGUAACCUUCUCUUGUUACUUCAAUAAAAUGACUAGACAAGUCGCAAUGAA